AUGAACUUUCUAGACUUGCCCCAGGAGCUAAUCCUCAGGGUGUUUCAGAAUUUAUCCCUUUCCGAUAGCCGCACCCUCAUACAGCGUCUACAUACAUAUAAUGAUCCGAAGGCCCACAAGGUGAUAAAGCUACUAUGGAUCACCUGUUGCUCAGACAAGGUCAUCAUCUCAUUUCCGAACACGGAGACCCCACUGAACGAACCUUUUGAGUUUGUGUCGUCUGUGGACGUUUAUGAUACCAUCAAAGCGCAUGUCCAGUACGGAGUUGUGCCAAAGCACCUACAGUUAUUUUUCUCCCGAAACCCUAGAGACUACACCAGGUUUCAAAACCACCUUCUGGAGGUCUGGGAGCUUUUGGAUUCCAACACUGUUGUUAAGUAUCUCCAUGCUGUGCAAGAGUUGGAUUUUGAGUUGAGAGGGAAUCUCAUCACCACAGAGUCACCCACCCUGUUGGUCUCACUGAUUCUCAACACAUUCGUCAAGCUCACUAGCCUCAAACAUGCCAACUGGAAGACCAUCAGGAUCUUGCUGACUGACUUGGGUGAUUACUUCCCACAGAAAUGGGGCAGGGUAUUUGAAGAGUUUCGUCUGACCCAAGAGCUUGUAUUGGAUGACAAUUUAAUUCGCCUGCUGCAUCCGCUUGAGAGCUAUUCGUUGCUAGACGGGUACUUCAAGUGGCCUUCACAGCUUCGUGUAUUAUCCUUGAGGAGAAACCUUAUAUCCAAUUUUUCAGCCACAGCAAUUAAGCUAUUGCCAAACACUCUCGAAGUGCUUGAUCUUGAGAACAACGUCCUCGAACAGUUUGGAACUCAAGGAACAUUGAAACUUACAGACGAGUUACCUCAUCUCCGUCUUUUGAACCUAUCGAAUAAUCGUGGCUUGACGGGUCAACUGUACAACUAUACGAGGUUCUACUCCACUGAGAAUAAAGCGGAAGAACCCGACAACAACAAUACCAAAAAUUCAAAAGACCCAAGAAAAUCGCUCUUUAAGGACCUCAAACGUUUAUUUCGUCUUGCAAAACCUGAGUAUGGCCUACUAGCGGGAGCUUUACUCUGCCUUGUGGGAACUUCCACAGUUUCAAUGUCCUUACCAUUUUUCAUCGGCAAAAUAAUUGACACUACUAAGGAAGAUGAAGAGGAAAGACAAAAGAGCGACAAGUCAGAUGAACCGAAAAAGAUCUUGGGGUUCACGGAGGUGGAGUUUUAUUCAGGCCUUGGUGCCAUUCUACUCUGCGGAAGUCUAUUCAAUUUUGGAAGAAUUUACCUACUACGGUCCGUUGGCGAAAAAAUGGUAGCAAGGCUACGGUCACGGCUAUUUGCAAAAACGCUCUCGCAAGAUUCGUACUUUUUCGACGUUGGUCCUACCGGAAAAGGAAUGAAUACCGGCGAUCUCAUAUCUCGUCUAUCGAGCGAUACCCAGAUUAUCAGUAAGUCAUUGAGUGGCAAUGUCAGUGAUGGUGCUCGCUCCUUGAUAAGUGGUAUUGUUGGCCUUUCGAUGAUGUGCUGGGUGUCCUGGAAGUUGUCACUUGUCAUGAGUUUGAUGUUCCCGCCACUUGUGUUACUGUCGACCUAUUUCGGACGUAGAGUGAAGGAGCUUUCUAGGUCUAUUCAAAGCUACUUGGGUGGAAUGACAAAGGUGGCGGAAGAGAAAUUUAAUGGCCUCAAAACCAUUCAAAGUUUUGCACAGCAGAAAAGUGUGACGCAUGACUUCAACUCUGAGGUCAAAAGUAUCUUCAACAAGUCUAUGACCGAAGGCAAGUUAAGUGGGGUUUACUACUCCAUGAAUGGCUUCGUUGGAAAUAUAACAUUAAUUGGGCUUCUUGUCGUGGGAACAAGACUUAUAGCUUCUGGAGAUAUCACCAUUGGUGAUCUUUCUAGUUUCAUGAUGUAUGCGUUGUACACUGGGUCUUCGGUGUUUGGCCUUGGAAAUUUUUACACAGAGUUGAUGAAAGGAAUUGGUGCUGCGGAGCGUAUAUUCGAGUUAGUUGAUCUGAAGCCCAAAAUUCCAAUUAGCAAAGGAAAGAAGGUUGAUAAUUUACAUGGUGACGUUGAAUUACGUGACAUUCAGUUUAGCUAUCCAUCGAGGCGCGAUUCGGUCGUUUUCCAAGACUUGUCUAUCAAGAUCAAGAAGGGUGAACAUGUCUGCUUUGUCGGACCAAGCGGCUCUGGCAAGUCGACUAUUUCGCAGCUUCUCUUACGGUUCUACGACCCUAAUCGUGGCCAAUGCCUUGUAAAUGGUCAUGACAUCCGCGAUUUGAAUCUCAACUUUUACCGAAGCAACAUCGGCUACGUUCAACAAGACCCAUUGUUGUUUAGUGGAACCAUAAGAGAGAACAUAGUGUUUGGCAAACGUGAUGCAACCGUUGAAGACAUCGAAUAUGCAACACGCCUCAGUAAUGCACAUGCAUUCAUUCAAGGUUUCCCCAAAGGUCUUGACACCGUCAUAGGGCCUACAUCAAGUGGAAGUGCACAGCUUAGUGGAGGACAGAGGCAGAGGUUAUCGCUAGCGCGUACGCUUAUCAAAAAACCCAAUGUUUUAAUUCUAGAUGAGGCAACUUCGGCCUUAGACUCUCGCUCGGAGGAAAUUGUCAUGAAAAACUUGGGACGGCUUGCCGACGAGCAGCAGAUAACGGUGAUCCUGAUUGCGCACCGUCUCUCCACAAUCAAGAACAGUGAAAGAAUCAUUGUCCUUAGUUCUCAUGGCGAUAUUGUGGAGGAUGGUGAGUUUGACGAACUUUAUGCAAAUGAAAACAGUCAGUUGAACAAGUUGCUCAAAAGUGACUUGUUUACCGAAGAUGCCGAGUAA